CCUAGGUGGACGCACGGAUGCUACCGGCGUCGCGAUGUCCCGACAAAGAAACGCGCAUUCAUUAAGGUACAGCUAAUUAAGGUAGACGUAGCGCCCGUUAGAAUCUCAGUAACCGUUGCGAUCCCCUUAAACUUUAACAUCCACUACAUACGCGCGAAACCGUUGCGCUCCGUUUAAUAGACCACUAAAGAUAUACAAUACACCAUUCACCUAUCUCGUACAUAAUACAAUAAACCAACAAAUCCUCGGCCACCUAGGUUUAUCUAGAUCCGUUUUCCUUAUAAGCCAGAGACCGCACCCGGCAUGGGUCUCGGUGGAGUACAAGAUGCAACAACGACGAGAUGAGAUUCUGGCAAAGAAGGCGAAACUCGCCGAACUCAAGAGACAACGAGAAUUAAGAGCUAGCCAGGCAGCCUCUGUUGCUAGACCUAACAUAACCGGUGGGCCUAGCGAUCUCAUCUCCCCCACUCCGGGUCGCGACAAUCGCAAGGUCAUCGAGUCCUUGAUUAAUAGUCUAGUGGGUGAAAGUCGACCUGCCUCUUCCACGACGGGUGUGGCAUCCCCUGGUCUACGAGGAAGUCGGCCCAACAGCGUCCUCAGUGCCGACGACCUGAGCGGUGAACACUCACAUUCAGAAUAUGCUUCCCAGGUGAACGGCCAUCCUGCCUCAACCCAGCCGCAGGUCUUAACAACGGUACCCCUCCAAACCGUGUUCGAGUGCCCGCCAUCUCCUGUUAAGGAGAUAUUCUCCUACAGCAAAGGCGUGCAAACUACCGACGACUGGACGCCCCCGGCUACCAGGCCUCGAGCCUUUUCAGAUCUCGAGGAUGAGGACCUUCCUGUCACAUCUACUCCCAACAAGCGGCUGAGCAGAUGGAAACGCGACAGAGAAGAGGAAUUACGUCAGAAUUUACGAUUAGAAAUUGAAGAGGAAUUGAAGGCUGCUCGGGAGUUGAUUACCGAUGGACCCUUACAGGCCAAUUCUGUUGUUACUUCGAAUUUCCCGGCUAGGGCAUUGAAUAACGAGGAGUUAGCAGCUGUUGUGGCAUCUGACGACUUUGUUGAUUUUGUGGAACGCUCAACGAAAGUUAUUGAGCGAGCACUUGAUAUCAGCAAUGAGUAUGACAUAUUGACAGAUUAUUCACUUCAAGCCCACGACAUUGAGGACGAGGAUGAGCAGGCAGGUAACACGGGCGGAAAGGGACGCCGGAGAGUUAAGGAAGUUGUGCAAUUUUAUGAUGAGCGGUGGUCUAAGAAGCGUAUGAUUAGCAGCAUUGACUUCUCACCAAAGUUCCCCGAGCUGCUGCUGGCAUCUUACACCAAAAACCCGUCUGCUCCCCACGACCCCGAUGGCGUUGUGCAAGUGUGGAAUCAACAUCUCCACGACCGACCCGAAUUCCUCUUCCAUGCCCAGUCUGAUAUUCUCACUGCAAGAUUCUCUCCCUUCCACCCCAACUUAAUCAUAGGCGGUACAUAUUCCGGGCAGGUACUCCUAUGGGAUACCCGGUCCAAAUCUGCCCCUGUACAAAAAACACCGUUGACAGGCUCGGGCCAUACGCAUCCCGUCUAUUCUGUCGAUAUUGUCGGUACACAAAAUGCGAACAAUGUUAUUUCAGUUUCUACCGACGGCGCUUUUUGCGUGUGGAGCGUUGAUAUGCUUUCCCAGCCGCAAGAAUCGCUUACUCUCACAACACCACCUCCCAACAAGUUCGAAGAUCUCGCACCAACCACAAUGGCCUUUCCUCAAGCAGAUCCAACAUACUUCCUCGUAGGCUCGGAAGAAGGUCCUAUCUACCCAUGCCACCGGUACGACCGUGCCGGCGCCAAGGCAGGCGUCGACUCUCGCGUUUCCUAUAAGGGCCACGCUGCUCCCGUCAUGAGCGUCGAUUUCCACCCAGCCCGCGGCCCCGUAGACCUGGGCGAUCUUGUCCUCUCCUCUUCCCUCGACUGGUCCGUCAAGCUAUGGAAAGUCCGCGCCCCCGCCGCAACAAGCACCAUCGUCGAGAGCGCCGGCACCGCCGUGCCCCCGCUACUAGACUUCGUGCGUGAGGACGUCGUUUACGAUGCCGCCUGGUCCCCUGUGCGCCCCGGCGUCUUCGCCCUCGUCGAUGGUGCAGGCUCCUUAGAGCUCUGGGAUAUCACCGUCGAGACAGAGAUCCCGGUCGCCAAGAUCAGUCCUACGCCUCGAAAGGACGGGCGACAGUUACUCAGCAAGAGCCUGAAUAAGAUCGCUUGGGAAAGUAGUGAGGGGAAGAAGCUAGCGACUGGUGGUAUUGAUGCUGUUGUCAGCGUGUUUGAAGUUGGGCCUGAUCUGGGUGGGAAGGAGGCGGUAAGGAGCGAGGAGUGGACUAAUGUCAAAAAACUCGUUGCGAGGCUCGAGGCCGUUAGCGGAGGCGUUGCUGGCUUCGUAUAAGUGCUCGUGUUUAGGUUUUCUAUUACUAUUACUACUACUCUUGUUUCGUUGUUGGGGGGGGAGCGCUUCCGGCUGUGGCCCUUGUGUCAGGAUGAGUAACGUGGGCUGGCUACCGUGCAUGUGUCUGUAUUAUACCCAGCCCGAAAAAUGGCAUUUGUCGAACGAUGAGAUGACAUGGUGAGUUGUGGUGCGGUAUUGUGGUUGUCUGGCCUAUAGCCUAGCUAGAAGAACUAGGAUAUUUA